AUGUCGAUCGCAAGAUUCAGCUCUACUACUCACCUAGUCACCUUACACACGCUCGGGGCAACGCGGCAGGUAACCGGACGCGUUCUCGCCAAGAUGAGCCAGGGGCAGCAGCGGAGGCCGUCGUCCGACCAAGCCCAGGCGGGCGGUGGCGGCGGGCAGGGCCAGGGGCAGGGAGGAGGCGCCGUCCGCUACGGCGACGUGUUCCCGGCCGUGGCCGGCGGCCUCGCGCAGAAGCCCGUGGCGCCGCAGGACGCGGCCACGAUGCAGUCGGCCGAGAACCUCGUGUUCGGGGAGACCAUCAAGGGCGGACCGGCGGCCACCAUGCAGUCCGCGGCCAUGCGGAACGAGCGCAUGGGCGUCGUCGGCCACGACCAGGCCACGGACGCCACCGCCGAGCAGGGCGUCUCCGUGUCCGAGACCCGCGUCCCCGGCGGGCGCAUCGUCACCGAGUUCGUCGCCGGGCAGGCCGUCGGCCAGUACCUCGCGCCGGAUGAUGCCGCCGGCGCUGGGGGAGCCGGCGGCGACGACACGAAGAUAACGAUCGGCGAGGCGCUGGAGGCGGCAGGUUACUCGGCGGGAGGCAGGCCGGUGGAGCGCAGCGACGCGGCGGCCAUCCAGGCGGCCGAAGUGCGAGCCACCGGGCUGGACGUCAACAUCCCCGGUGGCUUGGCCGCGCAGGCGCAGUCGGCCGCCGACGCCAACGCCUGGGCCGCGCGCGACGAGGAGAAGGCCAAGCUCGGCGACGUGCUCACGAAUGCGUCGACCAAGCUGGUUGCGGACAAGGAGGCGGAGGCCGACGACGCGGCGAGGGUGGCCUCGGCGGAGAUCCGAAACAAGGAUGACAAGACGGUGAGGCCCGGAGGGGUCGCAGCGUCCGUGGCUGCCGCGGCGCGCCUCAACAAGCAGGACGUGUAGGAAGGCCUCUGCCUAGUGGUUUGCUGGUGCCGGCCGCCGGCCGCUCGAGUUUAGCGUGUCCUUUGCACGAAGUGUCUCAAGAGUCGAGUCCCUACUGCUACUAGUGUACUAGCAGAGCUUCUCAGUUUUCAUAGUUCCCUAGUGCCUCUAGCUUAGUGAAGCCAAGCUUCUUGUUUUUCCUAGAACGAGUCAACUCCUUGUGAAAAUGUAUGAUCCUCAACCGUGUGCUCGCUUUUGUGUCGGUCCGUUAUGCAACUUAUAGUAAGACUAUACUAUCACAGCUGCUUGCUUUUUUAUAAUA